AUGGAUAGCCGUGCGUGUGUGCAAGGCGGGUUGCACUGGGUGGUGCCGGGGACUGACUGUCGCGAGGCGCUGCCGUUCGUCUCUCUCUCUCUCUCUCUCUCUCUCUCUCUCUCUCUCUCUCUCUCGGCAGCCUUUCAAGAGUGCUUGUCCACCAAUGUCUGGAAACGCGACGUCAAGCUUGGCAACGACGUGGUCGUCGUCCUCCGCAACAAGCUCUCCUACGUCCUUUACCAAGCUGGCUCCCCAGAACCCAAGAUUGUCAAGCGAGGAUGUGAAGACAACUUUGAUCAAGGUGAAGAUCUGGCCGAGCCCAUCGACCACCUGAUCCUUGUCGUUAGCGGACCCGUCCCAGAACAUCCCAACCUGGCCCGUCUCGGCUUUCGUGCCUCCAGUGAUACGGUCGGCUCGCUGGUGGAUGCCGUUGAUGCCAUGCGAUACAACCGUCGCGAACUCAUCGCUUCGCAUUUUGAAAUGACAACGGAUAGCAAGAGCACGGGUCGAGUCGAACUGCUACCGGUCAUCUGGCAACACGACAUGGCCGCCGUCCGUGACGCCACCGAGAUCAUGAACAUGCUCUCGCUCCCCACGGCUGUGCGCAUCCGCCAUUUUCUCAAAGAGGCCCUCCUUGACGCCGUCACCUAUGCCGUCGAGCGCCAAGCUUGCGUCGAUAAAGUGGCUGCAGCAGUGGCCGAGACCAUCCACCGCUUCCGUGCCAACAAUCCCGCCUUUACCGGCUCCGUCAACGUCAUGGGUCAUGGCCUAGGCGGGGUGGCCAUGUUUGAUCUUCUCGCAGCUCAAGGUCAAGAGAACAAGACCGAGGUGGCUGCAGUGGAUGCCGCAGUUGUGGGCGAUGACGCAACCCCUGCUCCGAUUGAGACAGACCCCAGCACGGAGGAGGAAGCCGUGCAGCUCCCUGCUCACCUGGCGGACGAUGUGACGCUCGAGGCCCUGCUGAAAGAACACGAAUUUGAGGAUCUGUUGCCCCAGCUCCAGGAGGAGGGCAUUGACCUCGAGUCGUUUGCCCAGCUCAACACUACUGAUAUGAAGGACCUGGGGCUGAACAUGGGUCGUCGCAAGAAACUGGAAAAGGUGGUUGAAGACUUUGCGCAACGACAGGCCCAGAAGGAGGCCUAUUUGGAAAAAGCCCGUCAGGCGGCACUGGUGCAGCAGCAGGAACGAGCCUUGCAGCAGCGUCGGGCUCAGGCGGAGGCCGCAGAAGCCAAGGCCAAGGCCGCUGCAGCCAAGUUGCAGCAGGCGCAGCGAGAGGCCCACACGGUCCAAUUUCCUGUUUUGGAAGAGCAACUGGCCGCGCUCUUUCUGUGUGGUGCUCCCGUUGGCUGGGCCCUUGCACAGCGUGUGGCGGCUGACCUGACAGCCGAGAGUCGAUUGAAGACGUGCGAGCGUGUGUACAAUGUGUUUCAUCCAUACGACCCAAUGGCAUAUCGCUUGGAGCCGCUGGUCGACGAGACCAUGGUCGAGCUUCCCCCAGCACAAGUGGCGCACGCCAAUCGUUCUGGCCGACGACUGCACAAGGAACUGCAAACAUACCUGCGUGGUGCGGGACGCGACCUACGCCAAGAGUUGACAUCCUUUGCGGGCAGUGCCGUGACGUCCUUUAGCGAAGCCCUGCGCAAGCGCACCGGCAAAGGCUUGGAGGACUACGGUGUCAACGCCAGCAACUUGAAGCAACUCGUGUCCAGCACUGAUACAAGCAUGCUGGCAGAAGAUGGGUCCACAAGGAGCGUUUCGCAGCUGAAUCCCGAGCGGCGGCUGGACUACAUGCUUCAGGAAGCGCCAACCGAGGCAGUGUCGCAAUCCCUCUUUGCCUUGGAUGCUCACACGGCGUAUUGGAACUCGGAGGAUAUCGUGCUGUUUAUGCUCGAGAACGUUUACGGCCAUGAAUAA